GAGAGGACUGAUUGGGGUUUUGGCUUUCUAUUUUCUGUAGUUUCUCGCAUUGAAGCACGGAGUGAGCAGUUCGAUAUGUACAUGCAGCUAGAUGUGAACACAGAAAUAUAUCCUCUUCAUGUUGGGGAGAAAUUCACAAUGGUUUUAGCUAAUACAUUAAGUUUGGAUGGAACUCCUAACACUGGCUAUUUUACUCAGGGAAAUAGAAAGUCACUAGCAGAUAAAUUUGAAUAUGUCAUGCAUGGGAAGCUGUACAAGAUCUCAGAGGAAGGCUCUGGAGCUAAUGUUAAAGUGGAGAUGUAUGUUUCAUAUGGUGGCCUUUUGAUGAUGCUGAAGGGGGAUCCUUCCAAUGCUGCUAAUUUUGAGCUGGACCAAAGGUUGUUUCUCCUCAUGAGGAAAGUUUGAAAUCUUCCAUCUGCUUUGCUGCUCGGAAUCCAUACCAUAGCCACAAACACAUUUGCUUAUAACAUGAAUACUUGAAACGUAUGCCGUUUGUCAUUUAGGAGCAGUAUGAAAUAAUUUUUGGUAAAUGCCCCGCUAGGGUUACCUUACCAAGUUUUUUCAUAGAAAAUCUCUUAUUGCAGGGCUUAGCCAUCAGAUUGUUGUAGCUGUAGGUAGACUCAGUGUAUGCUUGUCUUGACAUUUUUACAUAUAUUCUAAUUAGAGGACCGUUGAUGGAUCAGAUGUUAUGAACAUACUACAUAUUUUGUCCAAUAGAAUCUUGUUAAAUAUUA